AUGGCUCCCGACUCCCGCCACUCCGCCUCUCCCGCUAAGUGCGGAGGGAGAGCCUGGGAUGCGAGCGAGCGCGGGGCCCCGGGCUGCGCGGUGCCGGUGCCGAGCACAUUGCUCCUGCUGCUCACCUACCUGACUUACCUGGUCCUGGGCACCUGCGUGUUUUGGUUGCUGGAGAGCCCCGCGGCGCACGAUUCCAGCAAGAGAUUCCAGCGCGACAAGUGGGCGCUGCUGCGGAACUUCACGUGUCUGGAUGGCCCGGCGCUGGAUUCGCUGAUCCGGGGCAUCAUCGAGGCAUACAAAAAUGGGGACAUCGUCCUUGGCAACACCACCAGCAUGGGACGCUGGGAGUUCGUGGGCUCCUUCUUCUUCUCCGUGUCCACCAUCACCACCAUCGGCUACGGGAACCUGAGCCCCCGCACGAUGGCCGCCCGGCUCUUCUGCAUCUUCUUUGCUCUCGUGGGGAUCCCGCUCAACCUCAUGGUGCUCAACCGCCUGGGGCACUGCCUGCAGCAGGGGGUACACCGCUGUGCUCGCAGGCUGGGGGGUGCCUGGAAGGACCCGGCCAAGGCCCGGUGGCUGGCGGGCUCCAGCGCCCUCCUGUCGGGCCUCCUGCUUUUCCUGCUGCUGCCCCCGCUGCUCUUCAACCACAUGGAAGGCUGGACCUACGUGGAGGGCUUCUACUUCUCCUUCAUCACCCUCAGCACCGUGGGCUUCGGUGACUACGUGAUUGGAAUGAACCCCUCCCGGAACUACCCUCUGUGGUACCAGAACACAGUGUCACUCUGGAUCCUCUUUGGGAUGGCAUGGCUCGCCUUGAUCAUCAAACUGAUCCUCUCCUUACUGGAGGCUCCACGAGAAUCAUACUCCUGCUAUCCUCAGAGUUCUGAGGGGAACUUCAAGCCCCGAAGCUGGAGGCAGGCCCUGGAUGAGGAGGCAGGACCCCACUCCCCACAGCAAAGCUGCUCUCCAGAGGGACAGCACCCAGAACCUUCUACUCAAGUCUCAUGCUGCGGAAAGGACAGCUAG